UCCUGCUGCCACUCAGGAGGCACCAAAACCCUCCUGUUGUCCCCAGGUGUCUCCUGCAGCUUUCAGGGUGGGGCUGGGUCAUGCUGGCCACAGGCUGGCAGCAGCGUGCCCCCUCAGCCCCAGCACGCCCCGCCAUCCCGCGCUGAGGCGCAGCAGGGCAGGUAACGGAGGGGAGAUUCCCUGCACCACUUUCAUUUUUGUUUCUAGCUCUACCACCUCUGGAUUUUCCUACGAAUAUGAAAAUGCCACGCAGGAAUAAAAAGCUGGAGAUGGAGCAGCAAAGCACAGCAGCUCCCUGUGACGGCCACCAGCUCAGAAGCUCCACGUCUGAACAGGAUACCUGUGGCACCCGUCAGGCACCUCUGCAUCUGAAAUUUAGUGAAUCCUGCCUGGAAUCCUCCAGUUCAUCCUCUCUGGCAUCUUGCACCGCAGCCUCCUCACCCCAUCGCAAUCCAUCGCUGACUGUCAAGCUUUCGUUGCCAAAAUGUGCCUCAGUCUCAGCUCACUGCUCGUGCUGGUGCUGGGGGUCAGCCUGGGGGCUUCCUUUCCCCAUGACACGCUGAGGAACGGCUGCAGGCUGUCCAAGUACCAGAACAUCGCACCCGAGGAGCAGAAGGCUGCGGACAAGAUGAGACAAGAGUUUGUGAGUAUUGUGAGCAGCCACAAAUGCAACACCAGGCUCUUCCACCGCAAAUGGAAUGCAGUAGACCUGCCGAUGUCCGACCGAGUGCUGCUGGUGGCGGCCGAGCUGAACCUCACCACUGCCAUGCUGGAGCUGCCCGCUGUCCCCAGCUUUGCCCAAGUGCGCCGGCGGCCCCUGCAGUUCUUCAGGCAGGCCCAGGAGGAUGUGCGGGGCUGUGUGAGUGUGGAUCCUUCGCAGCAGCCCUCGGGCAGGCUGAGGCACUGGCUGCACAAGCUGCAGGCGGCCGAGACCCCCGAGAGCACGGCGUGCCUGAGGGCCACCACCAUCCUGCACGUCCUGCAAGUGCUGGCCGACCUGCGCUGCGCUGCCCUCCAGGACAAGUGCUGA